AUGGGUCUCAAUACUCUCGCUCUUGCAGCAGCGCUGGCCGCCAGUGCCACAGCACAGUGGGGUCAUGGCGGUCACUUCGGUGCUCCUCCAGGCUACGGCGGACAAGGUUGGGGUGUACCAGGGGGCUACGGUAACUCGCCUGCGCCUGCGCCUGCUGGAAACCUCUCCAACUCCCAGACGUCCCUCACGCUUAUCUAUCAGAACAACUUCAAUGCUUCUGACGAUGCCAACCAUAUUGGCGCCAUUGUUUUGGAUUCCCAGACCUUGACGGCGGGCGCCACUGCUUGCCAGGCCAUUGGGGAGACUCUACUCACCCAGGGUGCUCUCCAGAAUCACAGCAGCGACUUUGUUCAUUCGCUGUCCUACCUCGAGUUCUCCGGCCAGGCUGCUCCGGGGCAGCAGUUCUUCAUCCAGAACGGUGUCGUGUCUGUGAACCAGGCUGCCAAGACCCUAGUCUACCCACCUAAGCCAUAUGGCAACACCAGGCUACCAAUUCUUUGCACACAGUCAAGCAACCAGAACGGUGCCAGCAAUGCCGUAGCUACAGCCACCAAUGAGCUGACGAUCGCCUCCAACGGCAACAACUACGUUGGUUUCAGGAACCAGAAGUCUUUCCGCUUUGUUGGCGUCCCCUACGCUAAUCAGCCUGCACGAUUCGAGUACUCGACUAUCUAUAACAAGACCGGCCAGACGAUCCAAGCUACCACCUACGGCUCAGAUUGUGCCCAGGCAUACGAUGCAGCAUCUGCUGAGAACUGCUUGUUCAUCAACAUUCAGACCCCAUACAUCCCCAAAGCUGGCUCCAACAAGGGUCUCAAGCCUGUGCUGUUCUCGAUCCACGGCGGUGGCUUCACUGGCGGUAACGGCGGUGCAAACAGUGGCCUCGAUUCGGGCAAUUUGGCUUCCCGCGAAGACAUCGUAGGUGUCGAAAUCAACUACCGUCUCUCCACUCUUGGCUUCCUCGCUAUUCCCGGCACCGACAUCAGGGGCAACUUCGGUAUUGGCGACCAGGUUGUUGCACUUGAGUGGGUCAAGAAGAACAUUGCAGCCUUCGGCGGUGAUCCAAACCACGUCACCAUCAUUGGCGAGUCUGCUGGCGCCGGAUCUGUUCGUGCCCUCCUUGGCUCGCCACCGGUCAUCUCUAACAACCUCAUCGUUGGUGGUGUUGCACAGUCCAACCUGGGCGGAGGUGUCGAUCUUGGUCUGACUGGCAACUACGGUACCACAUACUCCAGCUACCUGACGAUCAACCAGUCAUACGCACAGGCUGGUCAACAAAUCUUCCAGGAGGCGGGAUGCAAUCAGACCACGCUUGCCGACCAGAUCAAUUGCCUCAAGGCAGUUCCUGCAUUGACCCUUGUCAAUCUUGCAACGGUUGCGCGAUACGUUGUGCAGGACGGCACGAUUGUCAACACCGAGCAACUCGACGUUACCAACAAGAACGGUAGCACCGCUGACGUCAAUGUCAUCUUCGGUACGACCGAGAACGACGGUGCUUCUUUCUCCACGUACCCCAAGGUCACUGUCACUUCCGAGCAGCAAGGUCUUGAGCUAGGUCUUGGUAUAAGUGCUGCCUACGCCCAGCAAAUCAUCGACAGUGGCCUGUUCCCCUUCUAUGACACGGGCAACCUCACCCUCGAUUCCUUCAACGUGACUCAGCGUGUUGCCACUGACAACACCUUCCGUUGCAUCGACGAAGCUACCGUCUACGCCGGUGCCACCUCAGGAGCGUUCAAGAGCGCGUACUACUAUACCAUUACCCGCACUUACCAAGGCUACGACCCCAACAACCUCGGUUUGAGCGGUCUGUCCCGAGGCCCAGUUGAGCCAGGUUUCCCAUACGGUGACCCAGAUCUGCCAUACUUCCGCCUCCACGGCGCUGACCUUGGCUUCACCUACGGCCUGGACCCUCUGCGCGAUGCCGACGACCUCAAGGCCGUCCAGCUUAUUUCUGGAUACUACGCACAAUUUGCCAAGAACGGCAAUCCCAACCCCAACCCACAGUACCUCCAAGUCCGUGGCUAUACCAAUACCACUCAGGGUGUCCGCGAGUCAGGCCCAUGGCUGCCUGUCAACAGCAAGACCGGCCCGACCAAGAAGCUGGACUGGCCUUCUCCUACAGUGACAUUCCCUGACCUUGCUCAGUGUGCGUUCCUCAACUACUCCAUCAACUACUACUUAGAGGGAGGCAUCUAG